UCAAAGUCCACCAGCGGGUCAUCGAGGAACGAGAACGACCAAUGGGAGAAGGGCAUGCGCGUGAACUGCAACCUGAGUCUGCCCACCACGCGCCUCAUCUUGACGAACAGAGGCGUCUCACCUCAUUCCGGAGAGACGCCGCCGCUUGGCUGGCUCGGCUGCUUCCUCUGAGUUUCCAGUGAAGAAUAUCGGAGUGUUUUUGAGGCAUCAUUCUGAGAAAAGAGUUUCACUCCCGCUGCAGUUAUUUCUCUGCUUGAAGACCUCUCAGUCUUAAAGAUGAGCAGUUUAAUGGCGUGUAAGGAGCCGUUUGACAGAGCCAUUUCUGAACCUGUUGAGGACACCGACACCACCAGCUUUGUGGCAGAGUUUUCCUUGGAGGCCAAUUAUCCUGUCCAAGUCACAGAUCCUCACGAUGCUGUGACACUACAUCUUAGCUCCAUGGCCUCUGGGUACCUGCACCCUUCCUCUCAAGACAAGAUCAGACAGCCAGUUGAAGAUGUGGAGGACUGCACUUGCCCAACAUCCACUUCACCAGACUGUCCCAAACAACUGCAGAUUCUCGCCAGCCCUUGUGAAAAAUGCUGCUGCCCGGCGCCCCCGCCCAAGAUCAGCGACCUCAUGAACGACAAAGACCUGCUGGACUUGCUGCGGCUGAAGCUGGACCCAAACCACUGCACCAUCAAAAACUGGAAGAACUUUGCGAGCCGCUGGGGAAUGAGCUACGACGAACUCACCCUGCUGGAGCAUCGGACCCAGGGCUCCUUGUCUCACAGCCCCACCCAGGAGUUCCUGCUGCGCUACAACCAGAAGACGGUCACCGAGCUCACCGAACUGUGCCGCAUCUAUCAGCGCAUUGACGUGCUGCGGCUGCUCCAAAGCUGGAUAGAAAAGGACUGGCCGUCACGUUGGCAGAAGACUCACUAAUAAGUUGAAGAAUGUAUAUUUAUCUGUUUAUUUUCUUCUCCCAGGGUGUACAUGUUUUGGAGUUCUUUUAUAUUGUUUUGCAUCCAAGCUACAAGUGUUUUUUUUUUUUGUUUGUUUGGUUUUUUUUUUUAGGCAAAUUCUUAGAAAACGAACCUUUGAAAAGAAAACAGAUGAGGAACAGAAAAAGGAAGAAGAGUGUCGAUCUUCCAGUCACUAACACUGUCUAUAGUAAAUGCAUGAUUCUGAAACGUCGAACACAGACGUAUAGGUAACAGAGUGACUCCUGUCCUUCAGCUCUCCGCCUGUGGUGUCGGUGCUUUGGGGAGCUGUCUGACGGUUCACACCUCUUCCAAUAGAAAGUCAGAACGAACACACGACGCAGCUCAUCUAAAGUGCUGCUGUGUAGCUGAAGAGAAAUGAAGACAACAAUGAAUGAUGAGAUUUGUAUCACAACACUUGCUUUGACCAUAACGCAGCCAAUUCCAUGAAAUUCAAAAAUACUGUUUGUGUCCCAAAGGGAAGCUAAAUGUUGCCGUAACUUAUAUCAUCCAAGUAUCUUCCAAGAGCUGCAGCGGGUGGCGAUGCUGUAGGCAGAAAGGACUGCUGCUGGCCAUCAGUGAAACAAGAGCUGGAGAAGUACAAAACGGUCCUUUUCACAGAUUUAACACCGGUGUUUGGUUGUUGUAGUGGUUCGCAUUGUCACCUCUCAGCAACAUAUUCUAUAAUGAAAACCUCAGCUGUGCGGCCCAUUGUCUCUGCAUGCUUUGUGAAUGGAUGGAUUUUCUCCAGGCUUCCUCUCAGACCCCUAAAAUAAUACUUUUUACAGGAAUGGUUGAUGUUGAAUUCCUGUUAGGACUGAGUGUGAACUGCUGGCUGUUUGACAUACUGGUUCCCAGACCAGGAGAUACCGGAUACUUUCCCGUUGCUUGCUUUGAUUAAAAACCUCUCCUCCUCCUCAUGUUGUAAAACUAAAUUUAAUAGGGUAUAACUGCAGUUACAGUUAUACCCUAUUACAGUUCCAUACUUAUUCGAAUUUUAAAAUCACAGUUCAGUACUUCUCAGUAGCUUCAAUCAAGACAAAUGUCUGAAAUUAAUUCGAUUUUAUUGUUCCAAACAUUAAAAAAGUGAAAAGUUAAGAACUGACUGGAGAUUUGGUUGGCUUUUGUUCAGUGAAUGAAGUACACGCAAGCAUAGCCAAUGCUAUAUUGUUGUAUAUUCUGUGUUUUCACACAGAAUAUACAACAAUAUAGUCACUUGAAAACGGUCAGUGUUCAUGUUUAAUAUGUUUUAAAUGACAUUGUGCCCAUAUUUGAGAAUAAAACUGGUUUAAAUCA